GGCUGGAGAGCGGGGGCGAUGGGCGCCCCCAAGGGACACGGGUACCAGGCUCCGCAGGAGGUUGAAACCAGAGAAGAUGAAGAACAAAACAUCAAAUUGACUGAAAUUUUGGAGUUGCUGGUGGCAGCUGGGUAUUUCAGGGCAAGAAUCAAAGGGUUAUCACCCUUUGACAAGGUAGUUGGUGGCAUGACCUGGUGCAUCACUACUUGCAGCUUUGACAUUGAUGUUGAUCUAUUGUUUCAGGAAAACUCUACAAUUGGUCAGAAAAUUGCCUUAACAGAGAAAAUUGUGUCUGUCUUACCAAAAAUGAAGUGCCCCCAUCGUUUGGAGCCUCAUCAGAUCCAGGGACUGGAUUUCAUUCACAUAUUCCCUGUUGUACAGUGGCUGGUGAAACGUGCAAUAGAAACUAGAGAAGAAAUGGGAGACUAUAUCCGCUCCUAUUCCAUAUCCCAGUUUCAGAAAACUCGUAGUCUACCAGAGGAUGACGAGUUUAUGCAAAGGAAAGAGAAGGCUAUCAAAACAGUUACCAAUAUCUUUGAGGUUUAUAAACCCCAGAGAAAAUACAAACGUCAGGAUGGAGCAGAAGAGCUGCUAGAUGAGGAGUCUAAGGUUCACGCCACACUUUUGGAAUAUGGCAGGAGGUAUGGAUUUAGCAGACAAGCAGGCAAAAUGGAGAAGGCUGAAGACAAAAAAAUGGUACUACCUCAAGGACUUGCAGCGUCAGGAAAGGCUGAUGCCUAUGAUGAUGAUGACCUUCAAGCUGCUGAAGAGCUUCGCAUUAAAACACUGAUGACUGGAAUGGCUGCAAUGGCAACAGAAGAGGGCAGGUUAACAGCUAGCACAGUAGGUCAGAUUGUUGGACUCCAAUCUGAUGAGAUCAAGCAGAUAGUGUCGGAGUAUGCUGAAAAGCAAUCUGAGCUUUCUUCUGAGGAGCGUCCAGAAAGACUCGGAGCUGCCCAGCAGCACCGAAGGAAAGUGGCAUCACUAAACAAGCAAAUCUCGCAGAAAACCAAACUUUUGGAAGAGUUGCAAGCUAAAUGUGCUGACCUGCAAGCAGCCUGUAGUGAAGCAAAGAAGACAUUAACUGAGGUUAAGAGUUACAGUGAUAAAUUGGACAAGGAGCUGGCAGCCUUAGAAACGGUGGAAUCCCAAGCAGAUUCUAGCAUAUUGCAGAACCUACGAGCACUGGUGGCUAUGAAUGAAAAUCUCAAAAGUCAAGAGCAAGAGUUCAGAGCUCAUUGCAGGGAAGAGAUGGCACGCCUACAGCAAAAUAUUGAGAGUUUGAAAGCCGAAGCAGAGGAAAAUGGGGAAGAAAAGGAACCUAAUAAGAUUAUAGACCAGCAAUACAAAACUGAAAAAGAUAAGCUUCAGAAGAUCAGACUAUUACUGGCCCGAAGAAAUAGAGAGAUAGCUAUUUUACAACGCAAGAUUGAUGAGGUACCCAGCAGAGCGGAGUUAACUCAGUAUCAGAAGAGAUUUAUCGAACUUUAUGGUCAGGUGUCAGCAACUCACAAAGAAACCAAGCAGUUCUUUACUCUCUAUAAUACAUUGGAUGAUAAGAAGGUAUAUUUGGAAAAAGAGGUUAACUUGCUGAACUCAAUUCAUGAUAAUUUCCAGCAAGCAAUGGCCUCUUCUGGUGCUCGUGAGCAGUUUCUGCGGCAGAUGGAACAGAUUGUAGAAGGAAUUAAACAGAAUCGAAUGAAGAUAGAAAAGAAGAAACAAGAAAACAAAAUGCGAAGAGACCAGUUAAAUGAUGAAUACCUGGAACUGCUAGAGAAACAGAGGCUCUACUUUAAAACGGUGAAAGAAUUUAAAGAGGAGUGCCGUAAGAAUGAAAUGCUGCUAUCCAAGCUGAAAGCCAGUUCUUCCUGAGGAACUCCUCUAGCCAGUGAAUUUUAGAAUUGAUUGUUCGGUCCAUAAAUUGAAUACUUUCUGUGGUAACAGUGAUAACUGCAAUGCCUAGAUACAUGUAUAUUGCUAUAUAAGUCUUUAUUUUUCAAUCUGUAGUCUGUUCUACAUUACUUUGUCCAGUGGCUGUUUAUUCUUGAUCCCCUCCAUUACACAGUAAAGAGUUAAUGCAUUAUAGUAAAUUAGGAAUGUUGUCUAAUUUUAUUUAUUUGUUUUUCACAAU